ACCUGGACCUGGACCUGGACCUGAGUCCCGCUGUGUUUCCUGAGUGACCGCUCAAUGGAGCCUCAAUCUGCUGACGGGGGGGUCCAGCAGCAGAGACCAGACUCUCCCAGCUGUCUGUCCCUAAAGAGCGACUCCUCGAAGGAAGACUUCUUAGACUUUAAAGGACGACCUCCAUCUGCUGAUCAGAAGGUCCAGCAGCAGAGACCAGACUCUCCCAGCUGUCUGUCCUUCAAGAGCGACAGGUCCAAGGACGACAUCAUAGACUUUAAAGGACGACCUCCAUCUGCUGAUCAGAAGGUCCAGCAGCAGAGACCAGACUCUCCCAGCUGUCUGUCCUUCAAGAGCGACCGGUCGAAGGACGACAUCAUAAACUUUAAAGGAAGACCUCCAUCUGCUGAUCAGAAGGUCCAGCAGCAGAGACCAGACUCUCCCAGCUGUCUGUCCUUCAAGAGCGACCGGUCGAAGGACGACAUCAUAAACUUUAAAGGAAGACCUCCAUCUGCUGAUCAGAAGGUCCAGCAGCAGAGACCACACUCUCCCAGCUGUCUGUCCCUCAAGAGCGACUCCUCGAAGGACGACUUCAUAAACUUUAAAGGACGACCUCCAUCUGCUGAUCAGAAAGGGGACCAGGAGAGCUCGGAGGUUCCCGGUGGUCAGUCUGCCCAGCAGCAUCAGACACAGCUGGACUCCAUAUUUACGCUGCUGGAGGACCACAUCGUCACUUUUGUGAAGAGCGAGCUGAAGAAGUUCCAGAAGGCUUUGAGUUCAGAUGACCCAGAAGGCUUAGAGAGUCAGAGUGAGGAUGAGGAUGAGGAGGUGUUGGAGGAUGAGGAUGAAGAGCAGAGGAGGAGCAGAGAGGCAUUUCUGAACAUCACACUGCACUUCCUGAGGAGCAUGAAGCAGGAGGAGCUGGCUGACCGUCUGCAGAACAAAACUCCUGCUGAAGUCUGUCAGCGUAAACUUAAAUCCACCCUGAAGGAGAGGUUCCAGUGUGUGUUUGAGGGCAUUGCUAAGGCAGGAAACCCAACCCUUCUGAACCAGAUCUACACAGAGCUCUACAUCACAGAGGGGGGGGGCGCAGAGGUCAAUGAUGAACAUGAGGUCAGACAGAUUGAAACAGCAUCCAGGAAACCACACAGACCAGAAACAACCAUCAGACAAGAAGACCUCUUUAAAGCCUCACCUGGAAGAGAUGCACCAAUCAGAGCAGUGAUGACAAAGGGCGUGGCUGGCAUUGGGAAAACAGUCUUAACACAGAAGUUCACUCUGGACUGGGCUGAAGGCAAAGCCAACCAGGACAUCCAGUUCAUAUUUCCAUUCACCUUCAGAGAGCUGAAUGUGGUGAGAGAGAACAAGUACAGCUUGGUGGAACUUGUUCAUCACUUCUUCAGAGAAACCAGAGACACAGGAAUCUGCAGGUUUGAUCAGUUCUCGGUUGUGUUCAUCUUUGACGGUCUGGAUGAGUGUCGACUUCCUCUGGACUUCCACAACACUGAGAUCUUGACUGAUGUCACAGAGUCCACCUCAGUGGAUGUGCUGCUGACAAACCUCAUCAGGGGGAAACUGCUUCCCUCUGCUCGCCUCUGGAUAACCACACGACCUGCAGCAGCCAAUCAGAUCCCUCCUGAGUGUGUGGACAUGGUGACAGAGGUCAGAGGGUUCACUGACCCACAGAAGGAGGAGUACUUCAGGAAGAGAUUCAGAGAUCAGGAGCAGGCCGCCACCAUCAUCUCCCACAUCAAGACCUCAAGAAGCCUCCACAUCAUGUGCCACAUCCCAGUCUUCUGCUGGAUCUCUGCUUCAGUUCUGGAGGAGGUGUUGAAAACCAGAGAGGGAGGAGAGCUGCCCAAGACCCUUACUGAGAUGUACAUCCACUUCCUGGUGGUUCAGUCCAAAGUGAAGAACAUCAAGUAUGAUGGAGGAGCUGAGACAGAUCCACACUGGAGUCCAGAGAGCAGGAAGAUGAUCGAGUCUCUAGGGAAACUGGCUUUUGAGCAGCUGCAGAAAGGCAACCUGAUCUUCUAUGAGUCCGACCUGACAGAGUGUGGCAUCGAUAUCAGAGCAUCCUCAGUGUACUCAGGAGUGUUCACACAGGUCUUUAGAGAGGAGAGAGGACUGUACCAGGACAAGGUGUUCUGCUUCGUCCAUCUGAGCGUUCAGGAGUUUCUGGCUGCUCUUCAUGUUCAUCUGACCUUCAUCAACUCUGGGGUCAACCUGCUGUCAGAAGAACCAACAACCUCCCAGAAGUCUGAAGUCAAACCUGAACUAACACAUCUCUACCAGAGUGCUGUGGACCUGGCCUUACAGACCGGACACCUGGACUUGUUCCUGCGCUUCCUCCUGGGUCUUUCACUGGAGACUAAUCAGAAACUCCUACGAGGCCUGCUGACACAGACAGGAAGUAGCUCAGAGACCAACAAGAAAACAGUCCAGUCAUGGAUCAACUAUAAAAUAGUCCAGUACAUCAAUAAGAAGAUAGAAGAGGAUCUGUCUGCAGAGAGAAGCAUCAACCUGUUCCACUGUCUGAAUGAACUGGAUGAUCAUUCUCUAGUGGAGCAGAUCCAACAGUCCCUGAGUUCAGGAAGUCUCUCCACAUAUAAUCUGUCUCCUGCUCAGUGGUCAGCUCUAGUCUUCAUCUUACUGUCAUCAGGAAAAGAUCUGGACGUGUUUGACCUGAAUAAAUACUCUGCUUCAGAGGAGGCUCUUCUGAGGCUGCUGCCAGUGGUCAAAGCCUCCAACAAAGCUCUGUAA